GAACUUCUUUUAAGAUUUUUGGCGGGAAAGCCUUCUGAAGCAAUUCUUGUGAAUAUUUCCAAGAAUUGGAGGAAAAUAUCAAUCAUUUCCACAUUUUCUUUUGCAAUUAAGUGAUUUUUUAUCGCUUCUGUGUUGAAUUUUCUUCAAUUCCUUUAAUUUUAAAAGUUCUUUUGUAAAACGGAAAAAGCGAAAGAUUUCGUGGAUAUUAUGGGUGCUCUAUGUCAGCAAGGAAUUGAUCCUAUUCCUCGGAAUAUCGUCCAGAGGAUUAUCAUCUUAUUUACCCUCUUUCUUGCUUUCUUUCUCUACAACUAUUACACCUCAUCGGUGGUUGGUGUGUUGCUGAGUACUCCGGUUAAGGGACCUACAACUGUCGAAGAACUCCUGGGAAGUUCCUAUAUGUUCUCUUUCGAUGACGUUGGCUACCACAGAAUUCUCUUUCGUGAAAAGAAAACUCCAAUUGUUGGAAAAAUCUACGAAAAGAAAAUGAUUGGAGUCAAGCGCGGACCCAAGGACUUACCCAUGUACACAGAUAUCUUCAGUGCAGUUCCUUUUAUAAAAUCAGGAAAGUGGGCCUAUCACUGUGAUCUCACAGAAGCUUACUCAGCAGUUGCUAAAACAUUUACAGAUUAUGAAAUUUGCGAUCUUAGAACCGUAUGUGGUCUCUUUCCAAUAUUCUACCUUCAAGCAAUCCUGCCAAAGUUUAGUCAGUACAAGGAAUUGAUGAAGAUUGCUUUUAUGCAUCUACAGGAGGUUGGAUUUGUAAAGAGAGCCCUCACCAUCUAUCAAAUUGAGAAGCCGGAUUGUCUUUCGGGAAUCUCAGUCUUUGCUGUUGGUUUCCAGGCUGUUUCCGGAGCCUUUUAUGUCCUUAUUCUAGGCAUGUGCUUGUCACUGCUAAUCUUGGUUGGAGAGAUUUUGUGGAAAAAGUAUAGUUUUGAUAAGAAAAAAACUUAAAAUUUUCUCACAAUUAUCAAAAAAUCUUUAAAUUGGAAAUUAAGGAUGAUUCCUGUUCUAUCAAAAUGAGAAAUUUUGGUAGGAGUAAUAUAAAAAAAAUUAAAGCAAUAUUAUUAAUUUAUUUAAUUUACCUAAAAGGCUCAUAAGAAAAUUUAAUUAAAAUAAAAUAUUAAUUUAUUAAGAAUUUCAUUUUUUUGAGCAAAAAAAUGAAGGAUAUUCUCUUAUGUAAUAAAGCAGAUAGUUUGUCCCUGAACUACUUAUGUAAUUCAACUGUAUUAGGCUUCAUAAAAUAUUUGCUAAAGAGCUAAACUGCGAUAUAAGAGAAAAAUUGCGACUUUUGCAUAGAAAAUUACAAAAUUGCGAAGAGUUUUCUCCAAAUCGUUGGUUGAUUUUCUUCCUUGAGGGGAAUAGGAGCAUAAAAUUAAAUUAAUUACGGCAAAAACGGAUAAUAGUUUUCAUUAAAUAUGUACACAUACUUUCCUUAAAGAUUAUGAAAUAAAAUUGUCUCUUAAA